AUGAGUUCUGCAAACUGCACAAAUGCUCCGGCGGAGACGCCGUCCAACGCCGGCGUAGCAGGCAUUGGUGUCAUACUCGGAUUCGUCAUCCCCGCCGUGCUCGCCGUCGCACUCUCCCUCUCCCUCAUCCUGCAGGAGUCCUUCUUCAACGCCCACAAGCCCGCCCUCGGCCUGAUCCGGCGGAAGCUGCUCUAUGGCUUCUCAGACCAGCAGAUCCUGUACGGCAUCGGCAUCCAGGCCGUGGGGCUCGCCCAGAUCAACACCCUAGUCCCUUACCACUUCUUCAUCAUCUGGAUGCUGGCCCUGCUGUCAAUGGGCGUCCACAACCUGACCCUCCUCGUCCUCGUCGCCUCCUUCCGCUCCGACACCGUCCUCCGCUGGCUGCGCCAGGUCCUCAUGCUCGUCAACCUCGUGCUGAGCUGCGUCUACGGCAUCUUCAUGCUGCAGGUCGUGCAGAAGGACCUCGAGACCACGACGCUGCCGACCACCUGCGCCUGGCAGGUCGAGGGCGAGAAGGCGGGCAACGUCGGGCUUUCCUAUGUGGGCACCAUCGCCGUCAUCGCGGGCAACUGCAUCGUCUUCCUCGCGUCCACGUGGUACCUCCACGACAGGAGGCAGAGGGCCUUCAAGUGGGUCCAGCUGGCGGGGUGGGCGGUGAUGACGGCCAUCGCCGUGGGUGCCACCGUCCGCGUCGUAUACACGUCGCAGGCGUUCGGCCAGCCCACGACGCCCCUGUCGGACAGCGGUGAGAGGCAGUGGAGCUUUGCUACCAUGGUCAGUCUGUUGAUGUUGGCGUUGCCGCUGAUGACGGUCCUGGAAAUCUACCGGGGGGAGGUGCACGUGAACAGGGACGCUUUGGAGGAGAAGGCGUGA